UAGAGAUAUAUAAUUAGGGAUCUCACUUGUUGCUUGCUACAGUAGUUAUUGAAUCACGGUUUCUAUGGAUUGGGGAAAACUUCCAGGGGAGAUGAUAGAGGAGAUUUUAUCAUGGGUUCCAUCUAAAUCUCUGUCACGAUUUCAAUCGACAUCGAAGCAUUGGCAGGCUCUACUGAAAUCUGAGAGCUUUGCUAAGAAACACUCUGCUAAUGCACCAGAGGAGGAGCCUCUUAAUAUCAUGUUGAUUGAUUAUAGAGUAUUCUUAGUGAAAAUCAAUCUCCAUGAUGCUCAUCCAUCUGUUAAGGUAGCAUAUCAAUUCAACCUUAAAGACCCUGAAUAUAAAUCUUCACAAGUCGUGGUGGCUAUACGUAACGUGUUUCACUGUGACGGAUUAUUGCUAUGCACCACAAAGGACAAGAGACUCAUGGUUUGGAAUCCAUGUUCAGGGGAAACCAAGUGGAUUAAACCCAGAGAUAGAUACAAGAAACACGACUACUAUGCUCUCGGUUACAACAACAACAACAAGAAGCAAUACAAAGUCUUGAGGGUGGAGAGUCAGAAGACUCUACUACCAAUCAAGAAUAAGUAUGAGAUUUAUGACUUCACCUCUGAUUCGUGGAGAGUUCUUGGUGUGACUACUGACUGGUUUUUAGCAAAACCUCGUCGUCGUGGCGUUUCUCUCAAGGGAAAUACUUAUUGGGUUGCUACAUGGAAUCAUAAUGAUUUCUUACUUAGUUUUGAUUUUUCAACAGAGAUGUUUCAAAGUCUAUCACUUCCUCAUCCUUUUCCGCACAGUAUAUCUGCUUUAUCUGUGGUUAGAGAAAACAAACUUUGUCUGUUUGGCACUUCAUGCAUAUAUUAUGUAACGAGACGUUUACAUGUAUCAGAGAUAACUUGUUGGGUGACAAAUAGUCUCGGUUCGGUCAUGUCGUGGAGCGAGUUCCUAACGGCAAAAGUCCAUAACGAGGUAAAUCUUAAUGGGUACAGUUUCUUGGCUGACGAGCAGAACAAAAUUGUAGUGUAUUGCAACCAGUCCACGGAGAACAACAAGAUCGUACACAUUGUGAGAGGAAAUACAUACAUAAACGUGGAUCCUCUUGAUCGAAACUCUACAAUCAAACCAUCAUCAUCUUCCCCGCUUCUUCUGAGUUAUGUUCCAAGUUUGGUCCAAAUAAAACAAGGAAAGAGCAAAGCAUGUGAUUUGUAACUUUCGUCUUUUUUUUUUCAUUGUUGUAGUUGUUCUUAUUAGGGAACUUUGGCCUACACUUACUAGGAAGAAACCCUU